UGGUGCUAUUGUGGACAAGCUGCUUCUUCCACGCGCUUGGCGCUCCUGUAGAUGAGCGUGUGUUCUCCAGGCUGUCCUCGUGGAUAAAUGCUGAGAGGCGGCCGAGCCCCUGGUGACCUCUUUCGCUUUUGCUAUGUCUGCAGAGGCAGCAAUGAUGCUCUGUCGGAGGAUCUGAAGUCUGGUGCGCGGAUGCGUUUAUGAGUGCGCUGCAGCCUGAACAGAAGAAACACGAUCUGGCAGACUGGAUGCAAACCACCCAGUAUGUUUUAACUGCGCUGCCUGUUAAUUUUUUGUCUUUUCAUUCUUUUUUUGUUUUUGACUUCAGUUGGAUGUCUUUUUGUGGGAGUUUUCGUGUUGCCCUGCAGGGAGCGGACAUGGUUUUGCGUACUGGAAGUUUAACCCUGCUCUCCUGAACUCCCCAUCUUUUGAGGGUUUUUUGUUUUGUUUUGUUUUUUCACCACAAGUUUAUAACCGAGUCUGCAGGAGGAUUGAGGCACGAAAGAGCAAAUGGCCAACGAGCGCAAACCGCGGCUCUGCAUCAUGGCAAAGGGGGACAGCGGGUAUGGGUUCCACUUGCACGGCGAGAAGGGGAAGAACGGCCAAUAUAUCCGCAAAGUGGAACCGGGGUCCCCGGCGGAGGCGUCGGGAAUGCGCGCCGGGGACAGGGUGGUCGCGGUGAACGGAGUCAACGUGGAGAGAGAGACGCACCACCAGGUGGUACAGCGGAUCAAGGAAGUAGAAAAUGAGACCAGGUUGCUGGUCGUUGAUCAGGAGACAUACGAAAGCCUCCGCAGCUUGCAUCUGACGGCCACAGAGGAGAUGGCUGUUCUUGGGACAGAGACUCUCCCCGCUGCUUCCUCCCCUCCAGCCUCCUCCUCACCGACACCCUCCUCCACUCCUUCCUCCCCCACCAAGAAGCGUCAGAAUGGCUCUGUGUCCAAGCAGGGCAGCCAGGUGCAGAAGCCCACCAGGAGGUCACCUUCGAAGGCUGCGAAGAAGGAGGCCUCAACAGAAGUGGAGAUUCAGUCUCAGCCUCAGGACCAGUCCCCCCACCAGGUCGACCCGUCUGAGCUCGCUCCACGUCUGUGUCACCUGACUCGGUCAGCGGGGGGCUACGGCUUCAACCUGCAUAGUGACCGGUCACGGCCCGGUCAGUACAUCCGCUCCCUGGACCCGGGAUCGCCCGCCGAGCGUGCCGGACUGCGACCACAAGACAGACUAGUUGAGGUGAACGGCGUGAACAUCGAGGGCAUGAGGCACACAGAGGUAGUGGCCUUCAUAAAGAAAGGGGGAAACGAGACCUGGCUGCUGGUGGUGGAUCCAGAAACAGACGAAGACUUCAAGAGAAGAGGAGUGAUCCCCACGAUCAGCCACGUCAAAGAUUAUGAUGGUCCUUCCAUAUCCAACGGAUCGCCCAGCCCUCAGGUCAACGGCAGCUCCACCACGCAGUCCUUCAGGUCGACACGCUCAGACCUCAGCAGCCAGGGGAACAGCACACAGCUGGCAGACGACGACGGCAGCCAGCUCAUGGACCCUUUCGCUGAGAUCGGUCUGAGACUCGCUGCCACGGCGGCAGAGGAAAAGAUGAAACUCCAUGCCAAGGAGAAGAAGAAGGCGCCGCAGAUGGACUGGAUGAAGAAAUACGAGCUGUUCAGUAAUUUUUAAGAUUAGUUUCUUGCCUCGCGAGACUUUGUGAAAGGCAUUUCCUAAAAAUCGAACUUCUCUGAAAAAGAAGAUUUUUCAAUACUCAGAUGAGAAUAAUCCCGACACGCGAGGGACACAUUUUCUCUUUUCUCAACACUUUUUCUCUCCAUCAACUAUUUGACUCGCCCUCCACCUCUGAGAGACUCGAAAUAGCAGCUAUUUUUAUAUUUAAAAACCAUAAACAAAAAUAAAUAAGCAGCAUCCUGUUAUGGAAAGCCUUCUAAAGAGGUUACUGGACACUGUGACAUGAAUGAUGGUGGACUUCGUGGGAGUUUAUAUUUUUUCAAAUCAGCCUGGGGACGCCUGAAGCAGGCAGAAGAAUCACUGUGAAAGACUCUGCACCUCCAGCCCAUGCAGACAAUGUACAACCAAGAAAAGAACGCUGUGUAUUCUCUUACAUGUAUUUUUACAUCAAGUAUAUCAUCAUUAAUCAUCAUUGUCAUUAAUGUACGCCUGUUUGUGAAACAUAAAAUAAUUCGAAGAACUUCUUCCUGCUCUAAUCACCAAUAUCUCCUUAUCUGAAGACAAAGGGAGUGGUUUCUAAGGGAAGAACGGGAAGGAGCUAUAGGUUCAUAGAAGGGAUGUGUUUUAAUGUUUAACGCAAAACAAACACCUUUCUGAAUCACAUUUAGAUAUUCAUCCACUUAGUAUUUCAGAGAAACAUUUUGAAAAGCUAGCGAGAGAUUGGCAUAAUCAGAGAAACUUAAAUUAAAAUGGUUUAAUGUGAACGUUGUUUUAUGAGUUCAAACAUUUUUUGUUUGUUUGUCAAAGAACUUGUGGAGGCAACAUUUAACUGCUGGCCAAGUAGCAUUCUACUAAUAAUUCAGUAUUAAUUGUUAUUAUUUUUCUUUUAUAUUAUUAGACUUAUGAAGCAGAUACGAUUGCGAAGGCUACACCUUUUUCUUCUUUACUAAAAUAUCUGGAAAGUUUUAGAUUGUAGUAGUACAUUAGGAGUGUAUUCUCGUUUUACAACAUGUGGGAAAAGCCUUAAAAUAAAUUUGAAAGUUUAUUAGAGGUUUAUGAAGUUCAAUUUACAGUCAAUGAGAUUUUAUUUCAUUGCUACUAUGUGUAAAUAUGUCAUAACACAGUUACUCCUGUCUGGGCUGGAGGGGAACCCAUAAUUAUUACGCCUUUAUUCCCUGUGAUGGCUAAAAUGCAGCAAAGACCUUUGGGUAACCAAGUCUCCAUAACAAUCAUUAGACUAUCUACUUACUAGCAGGUAGUUUGGGAGGCAUACCCCCCAAAAAAA